AUGGCUGAUAUACAACGACAACCUCUUUCUCCCAUUCAAACACAGAUUCCGUCCUCAAACUCUCCUCCCACAUCAACCACCUCAUCCCCUCGCCCAUCCUUGUCCGCCAAACGCUCCCGCUCACCUCUCUCCCUCGAUCUCUCGUCCCUCCCACCUCUUUCCCAACCAGCACCUCCAUCCAACACUCUUCUCAUCACCCGCCUCGAUGACCCCAAGAUCUUUCACCCCGCGUCCCUGGCAACCAUCAGACAGCACAUCACAGAGAUCGCACCCUUGAACUCCUUCUCCCCACUAAAAUCCAUGCACCGCAUCAUCUGCUCAUUUUACGACAUCGACGCCGCCAUUGCCGUGAGACAGGUAUUUGACGGAUCCGUGGUCAUGGAAGACUCGGUCGCAAAAUGCUACUUCGGUGAACCCACCCCGAUAGGAGACGAGAAGAAAUACCUUAACCGACCGGACGCGGGGAGGUUAUUCUUCAUCAGUCCCCCUCCCAGCCCGCCCGUGGGCUGGGAAAUGAAAGAGGAGGAUCCCCCGAACAAACACGUCCAUGCCGAGGAUUUGGCAUCCAAGCUGGAGAGACUGAGUGGCAAGCUCACGUCGUCUCCCACCGACGACUCGGCGUCUGAAGACGACACCAAAAUGCAAUACACGGCCGAGGGACUGCAGAAGCUGAAGGCCAGUCGAGCACAUGCCUUUGCCGGAGUGUCGGCGGAGAAUUCCCCCACGGCAGACGCUUCGCCCAAGAAGCACCGGAGCAGAAGCUCGACUUUGAUCUACGACCCCAAGGCCCACGGCGACAGCCCGGCGCUUCCGGCGGUGAUGCUGGAGGCCGAAGAUGACUCGGAUGUGGAGCUCGAGCCGGAGGGGUCGUCUAAGAAAAUGUUGACGAGUACGGCACGUCCUCCUGUGGAGCUGAUGGAGUCUUGA